AUGGCGGACUCCGCGAAUGAAGUCACUGAAAACGUUGCGAACCUGCAUCUAGACGAGGUUACAGGUGAGAGGAUAUCGAAGACCGAACUCAAGAAACGCCAGAAGCUCCGCGCACAGGAAGAGAGGAAGCAACAACGGGCGGCAGCUACACCUGCAAAGACCGAGAAGAAGAGACCUGCCGAAGAUGACGAGAGCAAUCUAACACCAAAUCAAUAUUUCGAGAUUCGAAGCAAUCGCAUUAAGAGAUUGAGAGACAGCAAGGACCCAAACCCGUAUCCACAUAAAUUCCAAACCAAUGUCGACCUGAGAGAUUUCCUCGAGAGGUAUGCAUCAAUCAAGACCGGCGAACAUGAAAAGGAUACAGAGAUUCGGGUCGCAGGCCGGGUGUACACCAAGCGAGCAUCUGGAUCUAAGCUGGUAUUCUAUGACAUCCGAGCUGAGGGCGUUAAGGUGCAGGUCAUGUGUCAAGCUCAGGAGGCGUCCGAUAAUGCUCAGUUUGAGGCACAGCAUGAACAUCUUCGAAGAGGAGACAUAAUUGGUGUUGUUGGCUACCCUGGUCGAACAGCACCGAAGAAUCGUCCUGAAGGAGAACUUUCGAUCUUUGCACGCCAAGUCAUUCUCUUGACCCCUUGCCUGAAGCAGAUACCAUCAGAGCAUUACGGUUUACAAGAUGUUGAGACUCGCUUUCGCAAGCGCUAUCUAGACCUUAUAAUGAAUGAGAAGUCACGGAAUGUAAUGAUAACCCGAGCGAACGUGGUGUCAUACGUUCGGCGCUUCUUCGACGAGAGGAAGUUUGUGGAGGUUGAAACGCCAAUGAUGAACCAAAUUGCCGGUGGAGCUACAGCCAAGCCAUUCGUCACACAUAUCAACGAGUACAAGCAGAAUCUAUUCAUGCGGGUAGCGCCGGAGCUGUAUCUGAAGAUGUUGAUUGUGGGUGGACUUGAGCGAGUGUAUGAAUUGGGCAAGCAAUUUCGAAAUGAAGGUGCAGACCUGACUCACAAUCCCGAAUUCACCACGUGCGAGUUUUACUGGGCUUAUGCCGACGUGUAUGACGUUAUGGAUCUGACCGAAGAACUGGUAUCAGGCUUGGUCAAGCAUGUAACUGGUAGCUACGAAACGACCUUCCACACCCAAGAUGGUGAGACUUACAAUGUCAACUGGGCAAGACCGUGGAAGAGGAUUGAAAUGAUACCUGCUCUGGAAGAGGCUACGGGAGAGAAGUUCCCACCAGGGCCAGAAUUGCAUACCACGGAAACAAAUGAGUUUUUGAGGAAAGUUUUGAAGAAGUGCAAUGUCGAAUGCUCGCCACCACAGACGAAUGCUCGUAUGCUGGACAAGCUUGUUGGAGAGUUCAUUGAAGAGAAAUGCAUCAACCCUACAUUCAUUACAGAGCAUCCUCAGAUGAUGUCACCAUUGGCCAAAUACCAUCGCAGCAAGCCAGGUCUAUGUGAGCGUUUCGAGGCUUUCGUUUGCAAGAAGGAGAUUGUCAAUGCAUACACCGAGCUAAACGAUCCAUUUGACCAGCGGCUGAGAUUUGAGGAGCAGGCUCGACAGAAGGAUCAAGGAGAUGAAGAAGCUCAACUGAUUGAUGAGAAUUUCUGCGAAUCACUGGAAUAUGGCCUGCCGCCUACUGGUGGAUGGGGCAUGGGCAUCGAUCGGCUCGUGAUGUUCCUCACGGACAAUUACACAAUCAGAGAAGUUCUGGCCUUCCCAUUUAUGCGGGAUGAACGUAUCAAAGACAAGGAGACAGCCGCGGAGAUUGUUGGGAUAGAACCAAUGCCGGUUGAGGAAAUCAAACAUAAAUAG